AAAUGAUGUUCUUGUAUGGGAGAGAGAGAGAGAGAGAGAGAGCGCAAUCGGUCGGAAAUCACUUCACUCUCACAUAGGCUAUCCGCCGUGUAGACGCGCAAGAAAGCUGCGGCGAGAGCGUGACUCCCGGCGUUGUUCGUAACUCACAAAACACAGAACGGCGAACUGAUGACGAGAACGAGCGCGCACUGGACAUUACCGGACAUAUGAAGGUUUUUUUCGGUUUUCACUACAUGCAGGCGUCCACAACACACUAAUUUAUUGAAGUAAGUUUUGGAGGAUGUCUGCGUAAACCGUGUGGAAUUGGAGGUUUCGGGAUGCUGUGAUCCCGGUCCGGAGUAACGUUGAUUCGGGGUUUCCUAUCGUGCGCAAAGAGAGGACACUUCUCUCUGAUGUGCGUAACUACCAUCAGCCAAGUUACGCGCUAUUGUUUUCUGACCCAAGAGACUUCUCACUGCAAUUUAAGCGGACACUCGAUGUUAAAAGAGAAACGGAGAGCUGACGUUGGGAAAGGGAGCUGUUUUAUAGCGACAGGAUUGCGGUGGUGCUGAAUUUUGGAUACCAAAAGUGCUUGGUUUGAGGUGUGGAGAGGGAACGCGGCGGUCGCUCCGGCUCCAUCACUCAAGACUAGAACCGAGAGGAGUAAUUUUGCGUAAAGACUGAUGAUGUGCCAGAGUACCCAUGCGAUGUGGUCACAGUGGAGUGCCAUGCUACUGUGGAUUUUGCUUCUCCUCUGUUGCUCUGUAGUCAACUCCAUCAUCUACCAGGUGACCGAGGAGCAGCCGCCCAACACGCUGAUCGGCAGCCUGGCAUCUGACCAGGGCUUGCCAGACACCGGGCACCUUUACAAGCUCGAGGUGGGUGCUCCUUACCUUCGUGUGGAUGGCAAAACGGGAGAUAUCUACACCACGGAGACCCCGAUCGAUCGGGAGACUCUUAAGGACUGUCGCAACCUUUUCGAGGGCGAUCCUUGUUUCCUCGAAUUUGAGGUAUCUAUUACAGACCUGAUGAAAGGCACUGGACCUCGACUCAUCGAAGGUCGCAUCGAGAUCUUGGAUGAGAAUGACAACACUCCGCAGUUCUCCUCGCCCGUGUUGACAUUGUCGAUCCCAGAGAACACACACGUGGGUGCGCUUUUCUCCAUUCCGGUGGCCACCGACAAGGAUUCUGGAAGCAACGGUAUCGCCGAUUACACGCUAACAACCGGCCCUGAGGCUGCCAACCUUUUCAGCCUACAAGUGGCACAAGACUCGGAUGAGAAACUGCCACAACUCAUUGUAUUGGGUAACCUGGACAGAGAGCAGCGAGAUUCGUAUGACCUCAACAUAAAAGUGGUUGAUGGUGGCUCUCCACCCCGCCAAAGUAGUGCCCUGCUCAGGAUCUCCAUUACUGAUGCCAAUGACAACGUGCCCAAAUUUGAGAAGUCACACUACGAGGGUGAGCUGCCUGAAAACAGCCCACCGGGUCAUUCUGUUCUACAAGUGAAGGCCAAUGACUCUGACAUGGGACCCAAUGGAGAGGUGACCUACAGCAUUCAUCAGGCAUCACCAGCAGUCCAAAGGCUUCUCAGCAUUGACCGUAACACCGGCAUCAUUUUCGUCAAAGGCACGGUGGAUCGUGAAGAUUUGAGCAUGCUCAAGUUCUACGUCCAAGCAAAAGACAAUGGUCCCCAGUCCAAGAGCUCCAAAGCCCUUGUGACUGUCACAGUCAAAGACCAGAAUGACAACAGACCUUCAAUCAAAAUCCGAGGCAUUGGGCUUGUGACGCAUGAAGAUGGCAUUGCUAACAUAUCAGAGGACAUGCCAAUCGGUACUGCUGUAGCUCUGGUGGAGGUCUCUGACAAUGAUGAGGGCGAGAAUGCUGUUGUGACCUGCGUGGUUGCAGGGGACGUACCAUUCCAACUGCGUUCAGCUAGCGAAAUGGGUAAUGACCGUAAAAGGAAGUACUUCCUCCAGACAACCACACUGCUUGACUACGAAAGGAUCAAAGAGUACAGGAUUGAAAUUGUAGCAGUGGACUCCGGCAACCCUGCACUGUCCAGCACAAACUCCUUGAAAGUGCAAGUGACCGACAUGAAUGAUAACACUCCGGUCUUCUCGCCCACUUUGUACGUGGUGGAAUUUGCUGAGGAGAACCAACCAGGUGACAAGGUUCUGGACGUAGUAGCCACAGAUGCGGACAGUGGGACUAAUGCAGAGUUGAUAUACAGUAUUACUGGUGGAUCGAUCCCUGAGGGGCUUUUUGAAAUUAACCCCAACACCGGAGAAGUGCGAGUCAUGAGCCAGUUGGACCGUGAACAGUUAGAUCACUAUCAAUUUUUGGUUGCAGCAGCUGAUAAAGGUGUGCCAAGCUUGAGAGGAACAGCCACCGUUGUUCUUAAGGUGCUAGACAGGAAUGACAAUGAUCCUAAAUUUAUGCUGAACGGCUACAGUUUUUCAGUUCAAGAGAACAUGCCGCCUCUUAGUCCUGUCGGAAUGGUGACUGUGAACGAUUAUGACAAAGGUGAGAACGCUCGUGUUCAACUAUCUGUGGAACCAGACAACGGCAAGUUCAUGAUUCAGAAUGGAACGAACACAAUUCUUUCAACCAUUUCCUUUGACAGGGAAAAGGAAAGCACCUACAGUUUCCGACUCAAAGCCGUCGAUGGAGGUGACCCGCCACGUUCCUCUUAUGUGGGAAUCACCAUUAAUGUGCUUGAUGAGAAUGAUAACGCUCCAUACGUUACUAAGCCGUCCAACUCCUCAUACAAGUUCUUGAAUCCUCGAACGAGCCCAGAAACUCAUGUAGAAAGUGUUGAGGCGGAAGACAUUGACAUUGGGUUAAAUUCAGAACUGGAGUUCAGUAUUGUAGGGGGAAAUCCCCACGGAUUGUUCCGCAUUUCUGCAGAAGGUGAGGUUACGUUGGCUAAAGAGUUCACAUCCAAACACAUUGGUCUCCACCGCUUAGUGGUAAAGGUUAAAGACAAAGGCACACCAGCACGUCAAACAACUUCGCUGGUCCACAUCUAUGUUAAUGAGACUAUUGGCAACGUAUCCCAUGUCGAAGGACUUGUUGGACACAGCCUUUACACACCACUUGAAAUGGACAUCGCCGGAGAUCCCGACUAUUCUAGGGACUUGCAUAGUAACAUUCUUUUGGUCGCAAUCUUGUGCGCCUUUUUGGUGGUCAUUUUGAUCAUUGUAGUGGCAGUGGUUAUCAGGCGUGUAAUGCUGAAGGAAAAGAAAAGUGGUUACCAGGCAGGCAAGAAGGAGAGCAAAGACCUAUAUGCACCUAAACCCGGACCUAAGAGCAACAAGAACAAAAAGGCAAAGAAAAGCAAAGCUCCAAAGCCUGCCAACCCAUCUGAAGAGGACGAGGGAGGAAGUCUUCAAAAAGGCUUAAAGUUCAACCUCAUGAAUGAUAGCGUCACCGAUAGCCCUAGGAUUCACCUGCCGCUCAACUACCCUCCAGGGAGCCCUGACCUGGGACGACACUAUCGGUCUAAUUCUCCUCUGCCUUCAAUUCAGCUUCAACCUCAGUCACCUUCUGCCUCAAAGAAACACCAGGCAGUGCAGGACCUGCCAGCCACCAACACCUUUGUAGGAACCGGGGAUAACAACUCCACGGGCUCGGACCAGUAUUCGGAUUACAGCUACAAGGCCAACCCUCCCAAAUAUAGCACCAAACAGCUCCCGCAUCGUCGAGUGACCUUUUCCACAGCCAAUCAGGCACAAGAUCAGCAGGAUCCUUCUCAGCACAGUUAUUAUGACAGUGGUCUGGAAGAAUCAGAGACGCCCAGCAGUAAGAGUUCUUCGGGGCCUCGUAUCGGGCCCCUUGCCCUACCUGAAGACCACUACGAGCGCACCACCCCUGAAGGCAGCAUCGGAGAGAUGGAACAUCCCGAGAAUGAUCUGAGGCCUCUCCCUGACGUCGCCAUGACGGGAAAAUGUACGCGCGAGUGUACAGAAUACGGCCACUCGGAUUCCUGCUGGAUGCCCGGACAGCCUUCACCCGACCGUACCAAAAGUUCCAAGAGUGGGCCGAAGCUCUCCACCUUUGUGCCUUAUCAGGAGAGAGAGGGUCAGGAGCGUUUGAUGGCAGACAGCAGCUCCAAACCUCUGGGAGAAGAGCGAAGUGGAGGUGGAGGCAACAAAGUGGCCAGCAUUCGCUUUUUGCCACCCUACACUAGUGCCUAUUCUACGGGCGGCGACGGCGGCAAGGACUGCCCCCUGGAGGAGAUACCCCUGAGUCAGACAGCCGACUACGCCCCUCCCACCACACCAUCCAGCCAAGGUUCCAAAAGAGAAAUCUACCUGUGAUGCGCCUGUUUUCCGUUUGGGUUUCGGUUCCACACUUGAUCCAAUUUACUUGUGAUCAGCAAUGCCUGUGAGAGGAUAAUAGGCCUCAUUGUCAAAAUCCACCUCGAAACCAGACCCCAAUUUACACAGAUCAUCUGAACAUGCAUCUCAAGUCUCCUCAGCCAUGAGCUUAAUGGCUGACACAACACAGCUAGUGUCCUGCUUCAAAACCCUUCGGGGGUUUACAGUAUGUAUGCCUGCACAUUGUUAGAGGCUCUGGAAGCCAAAUAGAAAGAUGUGAAGAGAAUGAUUUGAAAAAAAGAAAACAAUUUUGUGAAUAUCAAUGAAUAACAGAACCCCCACGUAAACCUUUAAUGAAAGAAUGUAAGGACAAUUUUUAAGUGAAUUUUGUGAUAAUUUAAGGUUAAGGGUAUACGCCUAUUUUAUUCAGAUUCUUUUGCUGAUUUUUUAAUAUAUACAGUAUAUAAAUAUAUCUAUAAAUAUUACUUCUGAUCAGACUGUAGUUACCUUAAAACAUAUACGCUGGUGUACACAUACAAAUACGUUGUUAUUUUUUUUUGUGUGUGCAUAAGUGUUUACAAUUUUCAAGCAGGGUAAUCCAGAAGAUCUGGCAAACCAAACGCUGGCGAGGGAAAUACAUUUUCAACACGUACUUUAGUGAAAACAUAGUCAUCAUUCUUUAAGUACUAAAGGGUAAAUGUUUCUUACUUUGGUCGUUUUUUCAUAGAAGGCUGUUUUCUUAUUGUACAGUGAUGUAAAUACAACACACGUCUAGAGGAACAAUUUUCGCUCCCCUCCCUGUAACCGUACAGAACUUUGUACAGAACUUGUUGAGAGUAGACGUUUCUCAGACGUUUCGCCUCCCUGUCAGUAAAUGAAGGACAACACAGAAUGCUAAAGAUAAUCCAAGGAAGGAGCCUCAGCUGUCUAUCUACAAUGGACUCAAGCAAAUGCAGAAUUGGGGCAAAAUGAAGAAGCAAGGGGAAAAUACGGAUUGCAGCAGAUUUGCGUGAUGUUUUUUGUCAUUUUUGAAAAGUUGUCUCAUGACAAGCUUCAUCGUUUCCCAAGGGAGGCCUUGUGGAAACAGCAUAGCGAUCAUAACUGUCACUCCUAGUGACUUUUUCCUGUAUUUGAUCAGAUGACUCUAGUGAGAUCUACAAAGCUCUAGGUGAGUUGCCCUCCAGGCUGUGAUUCUGGGAGAGCUUUGUCCAACCCAUCCCAUCCUUAGGGAGGACCAACAACUUUUCACUAUGUUCUCAAAAACACAGAACUUUCCACGUGGUGUGCAAUAGCCUCUUUGUAUUCGGACAUAUCAAACUCUGUUGUGUAGAUUUUGUGGUUGUGUCAGAGAUUUCUUGCUCUGCUCUGUGGUAGGUGUGGGCCUGACCCUGACAAGCUGAAUGCUCACAAGAGGUAGACGAGUUCAGAAGUAGUGACAGCAGAGCAUUUCUCUCCGAAGAUAAUCGUUUGAGCAUAUUAAAGUUUUGAUCCACAAAUCCAGUAUACUCUAGGAUCUCUGAAAUUCUGUUUUAAGUGUGUUUUGGUUUAAUGACAUUACAGGACUGCGGUGAACUUCGAAACCGAUUUUAAUUUGCCUGCAUUUUACUAGCACAUCACUGAAAAAUCAAACUGGCACUUGCCUAACUGGGGUGGUUUCGUUAGAUGCCACGAUUUCCUAAUCUAAAAGCGAGGCCUUUCUGCGAGAGUUUACAGGAAGUUCAUGCACGGCUGUUAUUAAUAGCGGAUGAUGGCAGCUUGGAUUGAAUCAAAGGCAACGCAGGUCAGCGAAAGCUCUAAUGAAGCUCAAGCCUCGCACAAUGAAUGCACCAUAAUUUACAACAUGUCAAAAAGUUAAGUGGCCACUUAAAACCGACUUUUAAAUCUGUAGGUGUUAACAGCACACAGUGAUGUAUUGAGCCGCGUGCUUUAAGUUCAAUAUUUGAUCAAAAUGGCACCUUUUGAAAAAGUAUAAUAAGCAGACCAAAAUCACCCAACACUUUAGGCUGGUGUCUCAAGUGAGGGAUAUAUCUGAUGUUUGGAUAUUCUCAAGUUCCUAGCCGACCCCUUGUACAAACGCUGACAGAUUGACUUUGUGUAGAUUUCAUCCUCAAAGUGCUAAAUUUAGCAUUUAUGAAUCCCAAUGAAAUUUACGUUAUACAUCAAGCACCUGGGGCCUCAUGU